AGGGGCGUGUCCUGAGCGUUAAUGUGGCGAAGUCUCCACUGGACUGGCCAUGAUGCAAUGAUGGCGGCAGGACGGGGAGUUGGCUGCGGUUCUGCUUCGGCCUCCGCGUCGGCGGAUUACUCAAUGCUGGUGGUGGUCGGAAUGGUCGGGGCGCUGCGGGCCAGGGGGCACCUUGAGCGGUUGUUGGUACAGAUCGAGUCGGGCGUGCGCUGCUGGUGUGUCCCAAUGAAACUGGCCGUUCUGGACCAGCAGCUGAAGCUCUUCGUGUCCCGACACUCAGCCUUCCUGUCAGAGGUGAUCCCCGGUCAGCGGACGUUGAAGCACCGUGGAGACAUUCUGGAAGUGCAAGUAGUGUUGAAUCCAGCUCAUGACCUCGUCUGCUCGGAGGUACGACGUCUAUUGUGCAAGCCUUCUGGACACAAACUGCUGGUUCUGGCCGGCCAGUGUGUGGAGGAAAGCGGAGACAUGGUGCUGCAGAAAGGCUUCUUCUCCCUUGGUGACUUGAUCCGGAUCUGUGCUGAUGAAGAGGUUGGUCUCUUGUGGAACUCAAUGGACCCGAUGGCAAAGGCGACUCUGACCCUCAGCUGUCCAAAUGUGGGCCUUUGGAGGGACCCCUUGUUCAAGGAGCACAACCUCCAAGAAUUCCUUAACAUUCAAGUGAACCCUCCCCUGCUCCUGCCUCAGAUGGAGGGUCUGCAAGAGUUCACAGAGUACCUCUCGGAGUCACUGGAGCCAGAGUCACCCUUUGAGCUCCUGGAGCCCCCGAAUACCGUGGGAUUCCUGAAACUUUCUCGGCCGUGUUGCUACAUCUUCCCUGCUGGGAUGGGGGACUGUGCCUUCUUUGCCGUGAAUGGGUUCAAUGUCUUAGUAAACGGAGGCUCGGACCCCCGCGCCUGCUUCUGGAAACUCGUUCGACAUCUGGACAGAAUUGACUCUGUCCUUGUAACGCAUGUCGGAAUGGACAAUCUCCCUGGGCUGAACAGUCUGCUACUGAGAAAAGUUGCCGAGCAGGACAGCACCUUAGCUGAAGGUCAGCUUGAAGAGGAUUGGAUGAAAAAGCUCAUCUCCCCGGAGAUUGGAGUGAUUUUUCUUAAUAUCCCGGAAAAACUGAAGGGUAGCCGGGGAGAUCCCAGUGAGCUCCGCAGUGGCGAUCAGGGUGCGCAGAUCUUGGAGCACUUCGAAAAACUCUCUUUCAAAGCACAACCUUUGUGCCGGUCCAACGGGCCCUCCAUCCAGCCGCUUGUCUUGUUCCACAAGAUGGGGGUUGGCCGACUGGAGUUGUACCCUUUGAACCCAGUGAGCGGCAGUAAAGAAUUAGAUGACUUGCUGCACACCGUGCCCAAAAGUUCCAUCAAGAGCUCAGAUCUUCAAUUAGCAUGCCUCACUUCCAUUUGUGCUUUGCUGGUCUGGCAUCCCUUCAGCAAUCGAGAGAAGAUCGUCCGUGUCCUUUUCCCGGGAUGCACGCCCCAGGCCAAAAUCCUGGAUGGACUUGAAAGACUCAAACAUUUGGAUUUUCUCAGUGUUCCUGUGCUCAGUUCAAAGGACCUGGAAACAUCCAAAAUCGACAAGUUGCCAAAGCAUGCCGAGAGUCGAGAAAGCCUCAAGUCCAGAGACAUGCGACUUGUCGUUGCCUCACAGAAGGACAAAAGUGGGCGAGUUGCUGUGAAAAAACAGGAGGUGAAACCAAAGCCAAAAGCCGUAGGAGAGGCUGCUUUGGGACAAAAAAAAGAGCCAUCAGAGAUGCUCACCUCAAAGAAGGAAGUGAAAAAGAAGGACGAAAGGGGGAAUGCUACUGCUGUUAAGAAAGAAGAGAAGGAAAGUCUGAAAAACAGUCCAACAACAAAGAGAGAAAACAGAGCUGAAGCCAAAAUUUACAGGAAGAAGGACGACAAGAAAAUGGUGGCAUCAGUUCCGAAAGUGGGUGAAGUGAAAAAAUUCUCAGUCGGUAGUCUGAAGAUUGGCACUUCGAACCAAGUGACAAAAGCUCAUUUAGAGGGGGACAAACGGGACUUGACCGCUGAAGAUGGGAACAGGAACUGGAUCCAAACUACCAGUGACAGUGCCAGAAAAAAGCCCCAUGGAACUGAGGCCUUUGCUCAUAAGGAUUCCUCUGUCAACUCGAAAGCUUGUGCACUCUCAGAAAAUCAUCAAGCUCAAAGACUUCCCAAUCUGGACUUGAGCAGCUGCAGCCCUUUCGUGGAAGGAUCCCUCAUGACUCAGAACAAGCAGUCCACUCACACGGACAGAAACAUUCCACACUCCUUACCCACGUCACCUUCUCUUUCCACCGGGAUGACUGAAGCUGAGGAUACCCUCUCGAUGUCCUCGGAACGAAAGCCGAAAACGGACUCGUCGACAGACUUCCGCUUCGACGGACGUUUGGCCGAUUCGUAUCACGAGCGGAGUCAGGAUUUUGCCCCGUCGUUCAAUGAUGGCUGCGUACUCGGAUCAAAGGACGGCGUCGAUUUGUGCUUGGUAUCGCCUUGCGAGUUCCAGCACCAACACGCAGAAGCAUCCGAGAACCAGCAUCAGCUUCUCAUCUCUCCGCCGUCCUCCCAGGAGCAGGGCAGUGGCAUGGGCCAGCAAAUCCUGCCCACAUCAGCCAAUGACUCUCUCCUCAUGGCCGCAGAGGAAUUUUCUCCCUUGGCCACGGACUCUUACGACGGCUCCAGUAGUACCCUCUAUCCUGGGCCUCCUGACGUGAGCCUUGCCUUCAUUCCGGCUCGGCGUUUCUCGCCCGACCCGCCAUCGGCCCCCAUCAAGGACUCGCCGCCGUUACCUACGCACCCUGAAGCUUGCAUGGCAGACGUCGAUGUCUCGAUCAAGGACCAAAAGAUUUAUGUCAGCAAAACCAAGAAAACAGCAGGAACCCUGCAAAGAGGCUCUUCGGGAAGCCUAGCGGUCCACAAUGUCAAGUCCAGGGCCGGUAGCGCCGCGGCAUUUAAAUCGGGCCCCGCCUUUUACAAUAAAGUAUCUGCCCAGAUUUUGCUGGGCGGAUCACGAAAUGCAAGUGCCAAAUCUUCGGUGUCAGUGUCCAGAACUUCUGCUGUCCACGUCGACCUAGCCUACCUGCCGUCCGGGUCUGCCUCAUCCACAGUUGACGCAGAAUUUUUCCGACGCCUCCGCGCUUCCUAUUACGUGGUGAGCGGUGAGGAGCGUGUCAAGGCGGCGGCCAUGAGAAGCAUCCUGGACGCUCUGCUUGACGGAAAGAGCAGCUGGCCUGACGCACAGGUUACGCUGAUCCCGACAUUCGAUUCUGUGGCCAUGCACGAGUGGUACCAGGACACCCGCGAGCAACAAAAGCGGCUGUCAAUCACAGUGUUGGGGAGCAACAGCACCGUGGCCAUGCAGGAAGAAACCUUCCCCGCUUGCAAGGUUGAGUUCUAGUUUCAUGGCGAGGACUCCACGGUUGCCGUGGUUAAGGACACACCUUUGAAACCUGCCGCAACCCUUGUCAAUGGCUCAUUUAAGAGUACUCUGGUCAUGACUUCCUGUCGCUGGUCUAGGAGCUUCAUGCUAGCAGUCUACAAAAGGGUCCCUGUGCGUUCGCUAGCAACAAGCAAGUUCUUGAGGCAGCGCUAAUUAGGGUUGGCGAGAAGAAUGAUUUGCCGGUGGUUCAGGUGGCUGAGGAGGACUGAAUAAUCCUGAUGUUAGCAUGAAGCUCCCAUCCAGCACAUUAAAAGCUGAAGCUCAUUAUCACAAUGUGCCAACACUCGACUUUGCAUAAGCCUCCCUUGGCCUGCGUUGGCGACCGCUAAGAAGAAGACAGGCAACACAGAUACCAAAGAAAAGCCAAAGUGGCAACCGUCCAACUGCUCUUUUGCUCCGCAAACUCUUCUUAAUUUAUUUAUUUAUUGUCGGCCAAUAUUUUCACCGCUCCAUUCUGCAUUUCAACUACUUGGGUACUGAUACACGCAUACCGGUAAAGACCGAUAUGCUUUGUACAUGGAUAUAUACAUGCAUAUAGUAUGUACCGUAUUCUCUGCACCAUAAGGCUUAAAUUUUCUCAAAAAACGAACGUGCGCCUUUUGUGUGGACCAAAUUCCGAAAUCUGUAUAGUUGUUUUGUGUGGUGUCCGUAUUAUAUAGGCGUAAUAUGAAGAUCGGAUGAACCAAUCAGAGGACACUACGUUUUAUGUAGAUCGGGGCAAAAAACAGUCAAGAGAACUGUACGUAACAUGUAGAGUACGUGCCGCCAUUGAUAAAUAAAUAAUAUUGUUUGUGCAAAGAAAACAGCAUUAGGACCUUCUAAAAUGACAGACAGCGAGACAUGUUUACGAGGCGCAAUUAGAGCUUUCUUGAAAGCCAGGAUCAUUGCAGAAGAGCAACGUGACAACGAUUAGAAGGAACUUGGCAUGUUUAAUGGCGAACUUGCCCAACUGUUUAAUUUGGAUACAGAAGAUGAGGACAUGGACGGAUUUGCGUAUGAAUAUCAAUUAACAAUAACGUGAGUACAAUAGAGUACAUGGUUAAAAAGUACAAACAAACUCACUGUCUUGCUCCCGUGACGUUUCUUUAGUUUACCGUAAAUCAUGGCAUGCAUGCGCCCUAUAAUGCGGUGCGCCCGCCCUAUGUGUAAAUUAAACACAAAAUAGACCCCGCAAUUGAGUCUGCGCCUUUCAACCCGAAGUGCCUUAUGGUUCGGAAAAUACGGUACUUGGAUGCAGUUGUUCGAUUUAACAAUUUAUCAGGUGAUCCUUUUAAAUUUCAAAUGAAAGCAUUUCAAAUUGCUUUAUUUUGGGGAAAAAAAUCCAAUUUGUUCAAUGUAGUUUUAUGGAACUCAGAUGUUUUCGUCUUAAAGGAGUCAUAUCAUGGAAAAUCCACUUUUUUUGCUAUUUUUUACUCUGUUCAGUUUUCUCAAUUUUCUAUUAUGUAUUUAUCUAUUACGUCACAUCCUUUGGGGAGGGACUACCAAAAGGUAAUGGUUUCGCAAAUCCGCCAUCUUUAUUACUCGAAGAGACUUAUGUAGUCCAAGCAACUCAAGGAUGCCGAAGUAGGAAGAUCAAAAUGUUCUGUUAUUAGAUGCAUCAAUCCACACAACUCUUUGCCCCAGCAUCAGAACCUCAAAGCAGUGCCUGGUCAAAAUUCAUUUCUCAAGCAGUGAGUCUCUGCUUGUUCAAGGACGAGUGUUUCAGAAAUCUUUUGUCAGUAUAGAGAGGGAUUCGCCGAAAGACUUUGUUUUGUUGAUGGUUCAAUUCCUUCAAUCUAUGGAAACGACAGACACAGUAAAGUGGUAAGGUUGAGAUGACACAAAAAUAAUAAACUAUUUCACUUUCAUAUUCUAUGAUGCCCUUGUAUUGAUAGUAUUAGCGUCAGUCUUUCUGCUGAUUUUAGAGCUGUGCGCUCUGUUUUCACUUCUUGUGGGUGUAUUUUGAGUUGUUGUAUCAUGAAUUGCAUCGAAGGUGCUGUAUUGUCCUGGGGAACACAAUGUGUUGAAUGCAUUUGUUAGCUUAUUGCUAACGCUAGCAUUAGCUUACUGGUUAACUUGACUGCAGUGCUUGUUUACAAGGCGUGUUCAUAAAUAUUGUGAGCGGAUUUAUUUUGUUACAUGUUAUGUAUGGUUGUAUGGACAAGUCUACUGCCGUUGACAUCUUUUCAUCAAUCAAAAAGUUUGCGCCGUAAGUAAACUAACUGCUAAAAAUGUACAAAUAUGUUCGAUCGGAAAGGGAGGUGCACAUCUUGUGGCCUGGAGGGAGUGGGGUGCUUCACGCAGGUGGGUGACCAGUAUCUCAUUUGCAUUUAAAGAGACCGCACCAAAACAGCUUGCUCUGAGCGCCUCAGAACAAGUAUAAAAGAGGGACCUGUGAUGCUAUCAAAAAGAUGAAUUCAGACAAAAGCAUCGCGGUACCACUUUAGAUAGACCACAACUGAAUCAGUAAAGCUGAAGAAUUUAUAAAUGUGAUAUGUAAGCUUUAAAACACUCAUUUGAAAUUUGCUUGUUGAAAGAAAUAAAGUUCUGUUUGUGUAUGAAA